AAAAUUGUUAAGGAAAAAGUAUUUUUUUUAUAUUAAUUUUUUUUUUUUAAAAAGAUUUUAUCAUGUGGAGUGAUUUCUUAAAAAAAGCUAUUAAUAAUGUAGAACAAUUCAAAUAUGAUACAAAAGGGUUAUCAAAUAGUUUAUCAACUACUUUGGAAAAAUCACCAACAAAAUCACAUCAACAAAGCCCAAGGAAACCAAUGCAGGAGAGGCUUUCAGAGAUUGUUACAAGUGUUCAGAAUUCUGGGCGUUUUUUAGAAAGUCAAUCUCUUAUACAAGAAAAAUUAGAUGUUAUGAGUGCUUAUUUGCAUUCUAUUCGACUAAACCAGAAAAAAAAGGGAAAAAAAACUGAAUGGUGUCCAGUUUAUGAAACGGAUGAAAUUACUGAGAAUCGAUGUUCUCUUGUAUUUCCGGCAUCUAUGCCAAAUACUAUUAAAAAAGAAGAGAUUAAUGACGCAGAUUUAAAAAAAGCAAAAAAAAAAAGUCAUAUAGAUACAGGAGAAAGUUCUGUAUUGCCUAAUCAAUUUGUUGAUUUAGAUAUUAUAUCUUUAAAACAUGCAAUAGAUGAAAAAGAUAGAAAAAUACAUAUUUUAUUAGAAGAAGGAGAAGAACUAUCUAAAAAGGAAUUAAAACAUCUUUCAAUUAUUAAAAACCUUCGUUCUAAGAUAGAGAGGGAUGGAAAAGAUAUCAAUGAAAUGAAAAAUAAAACGAAAAAAUUAGAAUCUGAAGUAACAGAUUUAAAGAAAAAACUAAAAAAUGUAUCAGAAAAUAAUAAGUUACUUUCAAAUCGGUUAAAAGAAAUGUCCGAUCUUGAAAAAGAAUUUAAUCUUCUAAAAAUAGAACAAAGCCGAUUUGAGAUUGAGAAAAACAAUGAAUUAAAAAACUUGGAAGAUGAAACAAUAGCUAUAAAAGAAACAAUGAGUCUUCAACAUCUAGAGGAGUUGGAAAUUGAAAAAUCAAAAUCACAUUCUUUACUUGAUAAAUUAAAUGAAGCGAAUAUUAAUUUAUCUUUAUUAGAAGAGAAAAGCAAAUCAGAAAUUAAUUCUUUAUAUUCUCUUUUAGAAAAUGAAAGAAAAGAUUUUUUUAUUAAAGAGAAGAGCUAUAUUGAAGAGAUAUCUGUUUUAGAAAGAAAAGUUGAAGCUUUAAGAUAUGAGCUAGAAGAAGUAUCUCAUAAUGCGAAUUCUAAUUUUCAUGCUAAUUUGUUACAACAAAAUGAAGCAUUACAGGCUCAAUAUUUUACUGCUUUCCAACAUUGGAAGGAGAAAGAAAGCGAUAUAUUGAUUAAAAAUGCACUUUUGCAGGAAGAAAAUGAAAAAUAUCUUAAAAUUAUAAAUAAAGAAACUUUAAAGUCGAAGAAUAUAAAUGAGAAAAUGGAAAAAUUAAAAAUGACACUAUUCGAUAAUGAAAAUAUUCUUAAAGAAACAAGAUUAUUAAAUGAAAGUCUUACAAAAAAAGUUUCUAAACUUGAAGAAACUAUCGUUAAAAUAAAUUCUGCCCAUAAAAAUGAAUUAAAGGAGUUAAAAUUAUUAUUUGAAACUCAAUGUAAAGUUGGAAAAAAACCUAAAUUAACUGACAAUGAAAUACCAUUAACCAAUAAUAGUUUUGAUUUACAAUAUAAAGAUUAUGAUAUUUUAAAACACAAUGAAGCAAAAUCAUCUAUUUUUUCAGAUUCUAUGGAUGAUAUUUGCUACCAAAAGAGACAUUCUGGCGACUUAUUUGUACAAAAUAUAUUGCCUUGUUUACCUACCACUUCUAAAAAUUAUACAAAUAAUAACAAAAACGAUGACGUUAACGAUAGCAAUACUGAUGUUUAUUUUGAUAAUGAAUCCGUCCAAUCUGUUUCAGCAUUGCCUAUUCUGCAUUCAUUUAAUUUUUCUGAUCAUGAUAUUUCUAUGUCUAAAAUUAGGCCAAAUAUUAACAUAAUAUUACAACUUAGUUUAUCAAUUCAGAGGCUUAAAGGCCAAUUAUCUAUGAAGCAUGAUGAAAUUAAUCAAAUAACCCGGCAAAGAGAUGAAGCAAGAAAUGAAUGUGUUCAAUUGAUGAUUGAAGCUGAAAAAAAUAAGGAAUUGAAUAAUAAAAUAUGCAUUUUAGAGGAUAAAUUAAAAGAAUUAAAUGAGCGCUAUGAACAAUGUUUAGAACUUUAUGGAGAAAAAAGCGAAAAAGAAAAGGAAUUAAAACAAGACAUCGCUGAUAUGAAGGAAAUAUAUACUCAACAAAUAGAAGAGCUUAUUGCAAAAUUUAAUCAUUCUCAAGAGUUAAAAUGA